AGCUUUAGGUCCGGUCACCGGUGUGCAUUGGCUACUGAAUCUUGAACAUUGCGCGCUUGGUUGUCCCCGAUAGAGCACGCGACUGCCGCGGUUUACGUAACCUCGGCCAAGUGCAAGUCGUAUUUAUUGAUUCGUAUAAACUAUUGUCAAUGUGCCAUUGGUCCCGGUUGGACAUUCGUGAAUAUCCUAGUUCCCCUGACGCAGUAUCAGUUCAGAAUGUUUUGUGAUCGUUAAUUAGGAAAUCAUACAAUUUUUCAAGAUGACCACAAAAGUUUUUCGAAAUCUGCCGGUAGUGUUUGUAUCCUUACUUACAGUCAUAGGAGGAUCUCAAGACGGCACGCGAGUGAAGCGUCUGCGAGCUGGCAGUGCGGCGGUGCAGGAGCCGCCGCAAGCGCUGGACGCGCCCGAACCAGAGCCCAACACUGCGCCUGCGCCGAUUGCUUUCAUACACCCAUCUGUCAAGGAAUAUCUCGAACUUGGGAUGGCUAUACCGGGUAAACCGGGCACAGACUACCCAAUACUAGGAGCGGUUCCAUACACCAACUUCUAUUGUGAUGAGCAGCCUUAUCCGGGCUUCUUUGCUGACAUGGAGACCCGUUGCCAAGCAUGGCACUACUGCGAUAUAGAUGGUCGCCAAGCUUCCUUCCUGUGCCCCAACGGCACGAUAUUCUCCCAGGGAGUGGCGUCCUGCGACUGGUGGUUCAACGUGCGCUGCGCGUUGUCGCCCGCGCUCUACCCUCUGAACGCGCGGCUGUACCGGUGGAGGAGGAAGAAGCAAAGCAGACCACAACCGCACAGGGUCAUAGAUAAGAAACUGGUUGAUGAAAUAUUUUUGUAAAAUUCUCCUCGAGGGAUCUUUUUCUCGAUUCUUGUCUUGUUAAAAUCUGAAUACUUAUUAAGGUGCAUCCAAACAAGGUGAAUUCACGAUUUAACUGCGUACUUGGAGAGACCGUGGAAAAUCAGGCGUUGAUUUUUUCAUAUAAAAAUCACUAGUUUGCGACUAUACAGCGUGUUAUUUCUCAAACAAGAUAUUUGGGCAAAACAGGUUGUAGUCGCAAACAGGCGAAAUGUAUUCCAAAAUUAUCCAUGCUCAGGAAAGAUAGAAGUGCUGGAUUAUAAACAAUUACUAUCCUGCAUCUCCUACGGUUUCCAGGGAAAUAUUGUUAUAAAUGGAAAUCCAUCCAGACUUCAAGCCGCAAAAACUUAUAAAAUAAAACUUUUGAAGGGAGUAUUGCAGAGCAGAUUCAAUAACUUAGUGAUGGGAUAGGAAAUGAAGAAAAUGAUAGUAGAUUCUGGGAACUCUUUAUCUUUCCGGGUUAACAAAUUACGGGAACUUUUUGGUUUUCCGAGAUAAAAUGUAGCCUAUGUCCGGGCUGUAAGCUAACUCUGAACCAAAUUUCAUCAAAAUCGGUUAAACUGUUAGGCCGGGAAAAGCUAGCAGACAGACGGAUACAUUUCGCGUUAUAAUAUUAGUAUGGAAGUAUGGAUAUAGCGAGUUUUUCAAAACUUAUGCACUAUACGUGAAUCCGAUCCGUAAAUCUGUCUUUGAAUGGAACGGUCAAGUUGUGAAGUUUGCCACUCCAUACAAGAUUUACGGCAAGCGCCAUAUUUCACGCGGUUUACUUUAAAUUAUACACACUAUUGUGUCCUGAAGUCAUGAAUUUUGAUUUAGGUUGAUACUCUUCUAUGAGCCAUAAUAUAAUGUAUAUUGUUGUUGUUAAGACAGUCAAUAUUAUGUUUUUUUUUGUAAAUAUAAAAGAAAUACUUGUUUAGAGUUAGAAUAGCAAUUGUAUGUUAACUAAUAAAGUGAUGCGAAAUAAUG